AUUAUAAAAAGUCGGUUGAGCAAACAAGUGGGAGUGUGUUAUGGAAAAGUUGUUUUGAUGGAAAAAUAAUGCUUUCCAUUUUAUUUCAAAUUAGAGGCUGUUUAGGGUAAACUUUUCGCUGCUGCUGCGGCUAGGGGAAGGGACAUUUUCGUGGCAGACACCGAUUGGAUUGGGAGCAAACUGUUGGCGUUUUUCGGAAUGUUAGUUUGUUAAAUGCUUCUCAUCCGGACGGUUCGGUGUAUUGACUAGGGAAUAACUCGGUCACCGUGGAUAGUUAACCGUUUGUGUUACCAAAUGAUGGAAAAAUAUACGAAUAAUUGAGUGAUGAAAAUCUGAAACAAGAUUUGUUUUGGGGUAUUGUGCAAUAUAUUGGUGACAGUGCAAGUGAGCUAAAGUCGUUAAACAUGGAAUCAAAUAAGUCGUUUUUCAUACGAGAUUUAUUAGGAGAUUUGCUCUGCGGUAGACAAACUAGUGCAGAAUCACAGCAGGGAGGAGGCAUCACAUCGGAGACCGAUGAGGACGAGAAUAGCGACAUCGACAUAGACAUUGAGGAUCGCUCCUCGCCGGAAUCGACAGUGGCUUCCGGCUAUCUGCACCAUCACCAUCACCAGCAGCAGCAGCAGCAACAACAAUUAACUUCUUGCGGGCUGAUAUCCGUUAAUCAUCAAGGGAUGGUUUCCAGCAGCGGAACUAUUGUAGCUGACGCAUCAAAUGGGAUAAUUGUGAAGGCGGGAAGGAAACCCAGGCGGAGAAGAACGGCCUUUACGCAUGCCCAGCUAGCGUACUUGGAGAGAAAAUUCAGAUGCCAGAAAUAUUUAUCCGUAGCUGACAGAAGCGAUGUGGCCGACGCUCUGAACCUGUCGGAAACCCAGGUCAAAACGUGGUACCAAAACAGAAGAACGAAAUGGAAACGACAGAACCAGCUCCGAUUGGAGCAGUUGCGACACCAAGCCACGCUGGAGAAGGAACUAAUCAGCAGCCAGGAAUCGUCGGCCAAUCCAAUCCAGUGCUGUCCCACCUCGUUGGCAUCGUUCAGCCAAAAUCCGUGCAAUUUUCUCUCAUCGGCCACGGCGGCUGCAAUUUUCCGUAACGUCUCCUACGCCCACGGCUGUCCCCUGUAAUUUGGCCCACCCCUUCCUUUCGUUUCAAUCUGUUAUGACUGAUUUCCAAUGCCACAGAUUAGAGGGUUCUUUAUAUUUGGUGUAAUUUAUGUGUAUAGAUGACAAAUUGUAAAUAGCUCGGUGUUUGUUAUAACGAAGAAUAAAACCGUAAUAAUUAUGAUACAAAAACUUCGCAAACAAGCUUCCUGAUGCCGCUUUUUAUCAAUCACCAAAUCCCCCGGAGGCAUGAAUAGCUCAAUUACACCCCCGUUGUGCCUGAUCCCAGAUUGGGAUAUAAUGAUAAACAUUAGCUCGAAAAUCACCCACAAAACACUUGCUACUUUGAAGUGCAUAAUUGAUAUUUCGUUGACAUCCGUUCGCUCUUUUGUGUGUGUUGUCAACACAAUUUAGCGACCAAUUGUCGUUCUGAUUUAUGACGAUAGCUAAGCAAAUCUCAGUUGAAUAAUUUACAAUCCAAAUAGUGAGGUGACUCAAAAUUAUGCAUAAAUUGAUGGGUGUUGUUUAUGGAAAAUUUUGCUUCUGUCAUCACUCCCCCUAUUUCUAUUCGAUUUUCUUUUACCGUGAGAGCAAGGGUCGUGCGCCAUUGAACCGUUUGUUAAGGAAAAUCUCACAAUUAUAUACAACGGAAACGUGUCGUUUAGAUUGUCUGUAGAACAAGUACACUUGAUGGGCUAUUGAUGCGUUGACUUUUUCAUUGUCGAGGGGGAAAUA